AUGGGAUAUAAUACAACUUUAGAAUCUGAUAGUAUUUUAUCUGAAUCUAAAAAUAUAGUAAAAGACACUGAUGCUGAAAAACCAUAUAGAUGCAUUUUUCCUGGGUGUAAUUUAGCUUUUCGUAGACCAUCCCGAUUAAAAAGACAUGUUAGGUUUCAUAUUGGAGAGAGAAACUUCAAGUGUAAUUAUCCAGAAUGUAAUAAAGCUUAUACUAAUAAUUGCCAUUUAAAACGACAUAUGGAAACUCAUAAUUCAACAAAAAAGCUAUAUAAAUGUUCAGAGUGUUCAUUACAUAUUAGUAAUCAACAUAACUUAAAGCGUCAUUAUAAUAUAAUGCAUAUGAAUUGUGACAAAUUGACUUGCAAAGAAUGUAAUGAAACUUUUACAAAGAAAUAUCAGCUUAAGGCACAUAUGACAAUACAUAAUCCAGUUUUUUAUAAAUGUGAUCAGUGCACUAAAAGCUAUACAAGCUUGACAAAAUUUAAAAAGCAUAAAACAAGUCAUGAACAAGGAGAUAAACAAUAUCCAUGCAAUAUGCCAGGAUGUAAUGAAGUUUUUAUAAAGUGGAUGCUUCUUUGUGCUCAUAUAAAAACUCAACAUGUGAAUGAACACAAGUGCAAAAAUUGUAGUAAAAUAUUCUUAAGCAAACGGCAUUUAAAAAUUCAUUCUCAAGUUCACAUAGAAAAUAGAUCUGUUAUCCCUUGCCCAUAUGAAAAAUGUCCUCGAGUUUAUUAUUUUAAAUAUAAUUUGAAUCAUCAUAUACGAACUUAUCAUUUUGGGGAAAAGUAUGAAUGUGAUAUAUGCAAAAUAAAGAUUGGAACGAAACAAAGAUUGGUGGCACAUAUUCAGAAACUACAUAUGUCAGAAACAAGGAUAAAACAAACCAAAAAGUUGCAACGGAAAAAGCGAAAAGAUGCUGGAAUACCUAAAAGAAGCACAGCAUCAAAAUUGGUUGGAGUUAAUUUGCCAUCAAAAGUAGAAAAGAUGAUAUUAGAAAGAAAAGAAAAUAUAGCAUACAUAGAACAGUUUAAAACUGUGCCAAAUAAUAAUUCAGAUUGUGAUUGA